AUUUUUACUCCAUCACAUCAAGCAAUAGUCCUCUCAAUUUCUUUGCAAAUUAGUUAAUUCCAUCUUGUUAAAAAGAAUGGCAUCAAAAUUAGGAAAGAUUGAUGUUGAAGUUGAGGUGAAAACUCCAGUAGACAAGUUCUGGAAUAGCAUUAGGGACUCCACAAAUCUGUUCCCUAAGGCUUCUCCUGAUCAAUACAAGAGCAUUGAAGUUGUUGAAGGUGAUGGCAAGUCUGUGGGCUCUGUUCGCUUGAUCAAGUAUGCUGAAGGGUCGCCAUUGAUCACAUACGCAAAAGAGAAAAUUGAGUCAGUUGAUGAUGGAAACAAAACAUUGGAGUACUCUGUUAUUGAUGGUGAAACAAUGAAAUACUACAAGAGUUUCAAGGGGAGCCUCAAUGUAACUCCAAAGGGAGAUGGAAGUUUGGUGAAGUGGUGCUGUGAAUUCGAAAAGGCAAGUGAUGAAGUUCCUGAGCCACAAAUCAUCAAAGAUUUUGCUGUGAAGAACUUCAAGGACCUUGAUGCUUAUCUCAUAGGGGCAUAAUUAAGACCUGAUGUGAGAGACAUAAUUAUCAAAUACUAUAUAGUUUACUAAAUAAAACCAGGAAUGUUCUCAUCCAGCAGAAAGUCUAAGUAGUCUUUACUUUUCUAGUAAUGUAAGUGUAACAAAUCGAAAUAAAUAAAAGCCAGCUAUGGAAAUAUGGUGCUAGUUAUGGCAUUAUGUGUUUCAUUUA